UGUUUACUCGGUCUCCAUGACAAACUACUAAAUUUGCGAUAGUGAGUAAAGCUUUAACGAAUAAAAAAAAAUUUAAAAAUUAAAAACAACAUUAAAAAAAUGGGAUGUUCGCCUUCAAAAAACCAAGUGGUUCAAGCACCAUCAACGAGUCUAGAAAGCAAUGCUACAGUCAAAAGUGGACCAAAUGAUGAAACUAAAGUAAUAAACGUACACGAAUACAAAGAAACUCCUCAAGAUGCGUCACUUGAUCAUAAUUUAAACGAUCAAAACGAGAAAUGCUUCAUCCAUAAUAAUGAAAGCCAACAUUCUGAUAAAAACAAUAAAAACGAGACAUUGAGAAACACCGCAUCUCACGAUACAUCAACUGAUUUAACUGAAUCUAACCCUUUAUGUAAAGUAACACCAGAAAUAAAUAUUCCAACUACCGAUAGUACCAAAAUACAUACGCAUUGCGUGGAUUCAGCAGCUGCGACAAGCAAUUUCUUACUCGAUGUGCCUCAAUCUAUAACCAACGAUAAAAUAUAUCCUAACAUUAAUGCAAUCACGCCGUUAUUAGAUCCAAAGGAUCUAAGCGACGCUUUAUAUUACGACAGUUUUGUGGAAACAGACGAGCAAGCAACACUUGAUGUUGUUACUUUAAAUGAAAUUUUGCAACAGUUUAAUAUUGAUGAAAAUCAACUAAUAAAUUUAAUUGUUCCAAGAAGCUACUCUUACAGACUGUUGCUUCGAGAAAAGUAUAACAGCAGUUACGAACAGGAUUUAGUAAAAAUAAUUCUUCGAAAAACUUCAAGUUCAAUUCAAUACUUGAUUUCAAACUUGUUAAUUACCACUGAAGAAUUUCUUUCUACUCUUUUGCGGAGCUGCAUUAUUACAUCAAACUAUCUUUUAGCUACUGAGUUGCUCACAGCUUGGGAGACUUCUAUUGUGGAAAAAGCAAAAGAAAUCUAUUUUAAAGCAUAUGAUACUACAUUUGCUGAUGAUCUUUAUGGAACACUUAGCAGCUACGUAGCCGUAAGUAUGAAAAACAUAAUGAUACCGCUCUCUCGCUUAAAACGCGAGGAGAAUAUGGAAAGUUCUGAAAAUAAUGAGACAACUCUCCAAAUUGAAAACAGCUUUAUGAACCAAAGUCCAGAAUACAUUUCUAGUUUGCUGACAACGCAACCUUAUAAUACCGCCACUUUAGAUGCUAUAAUUCGUAGCUAUGGUUUGAAAUACGGAUUUCCAAUAACGGAAAGUAUUGAUAUUGAAUUCCACGACGACACAAAACUGGCUUUAAAAAAAAUAGUAUCAAUAUGCGAAGACAGUGCAGCCUACUUUAGCAAUGAACUUAUAAUUGCAAUUAGCAAUAGACAAGAAAAAAGAGUCAUGGAUAUAUUAAUAAGUCGUUGUGAGGUUGACUUGUCAAAAAUUGUUUUCAACUACAAAAGGAAUGGAACUAAUUUACUUGCACAAAUUUCUGAGAUGUUUACCUCUAAUACAACUGACGCAAUAAAAAUUAUGUUUCGCAAAGUGUGAAAA